UACAAAGUAAAUAUCUUGAAUCUAUGGCUUACACAGCGGCUGGACCUGACUAAUUGAAUAAGCUAGGACUCAGAUAGGUUUGCUGCCGAAUACAAAACGUCGAGCAGAAUUUAACAAAACGGUAAGACAUGUUAGUAAUGCAUUAGGUACUUUACAAUGAGCAGUUGCCGUACACCUUUGAAAGCUUGUUAUUUGGCUGCGCCCAUAUCUUCUGUAAUAGCUACGGUAGCAUCGUCCCACGCUUGAAACAAUGUCUAGAUGACAGGUGCCGAACCAAAACAUGCUAUAGUCUUUGAAAAGAAGACGCGACGUGAUGCUGCAAAGAAUAAGUCUUCCCAGGGUCCCUCUCUAACUAUGGGCCAGUAACUGCCAUCACUGCACCAUGGGGAUCUGGACACAGUUUCUGCUUCUGCUUUGGAAGAACCUCACAUAUCGUAGGAGGAAUAAGAUCCAGCUGCUCAUUGAGAUACUGUGGCCCCUGUUCCUCUUCCUCAUCCUCAUCGCCGUACGACACUCCCACCCCCCAUACAAACAGAGCCAGUGUCACUUCCCCAACAAAGCUCUGCCCUCAGCUGGCACGUUAGCAUGGGUUCAAGGCAUUGUUUGCAACAUCAACAAUCCCUGCUUCCACCAGCCCACACCUGGAGAGAUGCCUGGCCAAGUGGGCAACUUUGACAACUCAAUACUUUCCCGAAUUCUGUUGGAAACGAGGACGGCAUUGGCCUACAGCAGCAACCAGACGGCCCUCCAUGGGUUUCAGGAGCUCCUGGACGUCGCUCAGAGACUUGGAGAGCGGCCCGAGGCUUGGCCAAAUUUGCCUGUGGGGGAGUAUCUGCGAGCAAACGAAACCUUCUCCAACUUCCUCCUCACCAAUGGCAACCUCUCACGGCCUGCCCUUGACGCGCUGCUUAGGGCGCGGCUCAACUUCCAGGUGGUGUCCCUGUCUGGGGCAGGGAUGCGUCUGACAGACAUUGUGUGCAACGCCUCUCUGCUGGAGCGCUUCCUGACUGUGGAGGGGGGCGACUCCAUGUCGGAGCUGCAGGCCAGCUUAUGUGUGGUUGACCCGGACACACUGCAGCAGGCUGAGCAGCUCUUCCUUUCCCAGCUGGACUACAGCAAGAUAUUCACGAGAGAAAGACUGAGAGCAAAUUUGGGAGAGCUGAGGGCUCUAAGCCAGGCCGUCACUUCUGUGUCUCAAGAAGUUGCAGGAAUCUUGGAUGAUUUAUCAGGGUUGUCAGGUUUCUCAGACUUGAACUCGGAGCUGAGGUUGCUGUCUCCAGAGAACCGCACAGGCGCUCCACUGCAGAGCUUCCGUGCCUUUAGCCGCAUCGUCUGUGGUCAUCCGGAGGGAGGUGUGGAGCGCAUCCCUUCCUUCAACUGGUAUGAGGACCAAGACGUUAAAUCCUUCCUGGGCCGAAACGGCACGGAAGAGGACGACAUGGAGAACGACAAUGCCACCACUCCCUUCUGUAAAAGCAUCAUUCAGAAUUUGGAGUCAAACCCCCUCUCCCGCAUUGUGUGGCGAGGAAUCAAGCCUCUCUUCAUUGGGAAGCUGCUGUACACACCAGAUACUCCUGCAGUCAGGGAGGUCAUGAAGGAGGUAAAUAAGACCUUUCAGGACCUGCAAAUUCUUACGGACCUAAAGGGGGCCUGGGAAGAGAUUGGACCUCGUGUGAAAACCUUCAUGGAGAGCAGUGUGGAGAUCCGACUUCUCCAGGAUCUGCUGAGGCGGCCGGAGGUGGCGUUUCUGGUAAACAUGCAACUGGCGAACACUUCCUGGACGGCGUCACGGAUCACCCGUUUCCUGUCCACGCCAGCACCUGACACGCCUCGCAAAGAAGGGGCUCCGCCCACCUGGUUUGACAUCUUCCAGGAUGUGAACAACACCAUCAGCACCCUGGGCCAGAUCACUGAAUGUUUCUCUCUAGAUAAAUUGGAAGGCGUUGCCACAGAGGGCCAGAUGAUUGACAGGGCUCUGGAGCUCUUAGAGGACAGGCAGUUCUGGGCAGGGAUCGUUUUUCUCCUUCCGGAUCCUUCCGCUCCCACCCUCCCCCCUCACGUGUCUUACAAGAUACGCAUGGACAUAGAUGAUGUCACGCGGACAAAUAAGAUCAAAGACAAGUUCUGGGAUCCGGGUCCGGCAGCGGAACCCUUCAGUGACAUGCGCUACAUCUGGGGCGGCUUUGUGUACGUGCAGGACCUGGUGGAGCGGGGGCUGACUCGAGUCAUGACAGGCAGGGAGCAGAACACAGGCGUCUACCUGCAGCAGAUGCCAUAUCCGUGCUUUGUGGAUGAUGUUUUCCUGCGUGUGCUGAACCGCUCGCUGCCCAUGUUCAUGACGACGGCGUGGAUGUACUCGGUGGCGAUGAUCAUCAAGUGUGUGGUGUACGAGAAGGAGGCGCGCCUCAAGGAGACCAUGAGGAUUAUGGGAUUGGGCUCGGGCACGCUGUGGGUCAGCUGGUUCAUCAGCAGCUAUGUGCCCUUCCUGAUCAGUGCAGGCCUGCUCGUCUCUCUUCUUCAGUGGGGGGACAUCCUGCCGUAUAGUGACCCAGUGGUGGUCUUCUUCUUCUUAGCUGCCUUUGCCACGGCCACCAUCAUGCUGUGUUUCCUCAUCAGCACCUUCUUUUCACGGGCAAACCUGGCGUCAGCAUGUGGGGGCCUCAUCUACUUCUCUCUCUACCUGCCGUACGUGCCGUGCGUAGCCUGGAGAGACUACCUCACCACCACACACCGUGUCCUUUUAAGCUUUCUGUCUCCAGUGGCGUUUGGCUUUGGCUGCGAGUACUUCUCCCAGUAUGAGGAGCAGGGAGUGGGAAUCCAGUGGUUCAACAUCAACUCCAGCCCCUUGGAGGGAGACACCUACAGCUUCGUCACCUCCAUCGUGAUGCUCUAUGUAGAUGCAGUCAUCUAUGGUGUACUUGCCUGGUACAUAGAGGCAGUUUUCCCGGGUGAGUUUGGGAUCCCUAAGCCCUGGUACUUCAUCUUCCAGCUGAACUACUGGGGCGGAGUACCACUGGAGAUGGGCAUGCCCAUCCCCCCAGCCCCCAGGGACGAGCGGGACGAACGAGUUGAGUCAGAGCCCCAGAACCUCAUUCUGGGUGUUGCCAUCCGCGACCUGGUCAAGAUUUACAAGAAAGGAGGGAAAUUGGCGGUCAAUCACCUCAAUCUCAAGUUCUAUGAGGGUCAGAUCACCUCUUUCCUGGGCCACAAUGGUGCAGGGAAGACCACCACAAUAUCCAUCCUGACUGGGCUGUUUCCCCCCUCGGCGGGGACAGUGUACGUGAGGGGCAUGGACAUCCGCACAGACAUGGAGUGGAUCAGGAGGACACUAGGGGUCUGCCCACAGCACAAUGUCCUCUUUGACAUCCUGACGGUGGAGGAGCAUGUGUGGUUCUAUGGCCGGCUUAAGGGCUUGGACAACACUGAGGUGUUGGAGGAGACGACCUCUCUGCUGGACGAUGUGGGACUGCUGCACAAACGGCACGAGGAAACACGCAACCUGUCAGGGGGGAUGAAGAGGAAGCUGUCCGUGGCCAUUGCCUUCAUCGGGGGCUCCAAGGUGGUGGUUCUGGACGAGCCUACUGCUGGAGUGGACCCCUACUCCCGUCGGGCCAUUUGGGACCUGCUGCUCAAGUACCGCAAAGACCGCACCAUCAUCUUGUCCACCCACUACAUGGACGAGGCGGAGUUGCUUGGUGACCGCAUCGCCAUCAUCUCCCAGGGGAAGCUGUGCUGCUGUGGAACGCCCCUCUACCUCAAGGCCAAACUGGGCACUGGCUACUACCUCACUGUGGUCAAGAAGGAGGUGGACAGCCGGACACCCAGCACUAGUACCAGCGCUGGAAAGCUCUCUCUACCUCCAGUGCCUAAGGACAGUGAUUCAUCCCUAAGUGACGACACUGGACUAGGAAGUGAGGAGAAUGGCCCUGACGUGCCCGCCCUUGUGGCGCUGGCGCAGCACCAUAUGCCCGAGGCGCGGCUGGUGCAGGACCUGGGCCGCGAGGCCAUCCUGAACCUGCCGCACGGCGCGGCGGAGGACGGCAGCCUGGCGCUCUUCCUGUCCGAGCUGGAGAAGAGACAGGCGGACAUGGGCAUCACCAGCUACGGCCUGUCCGACACCACCCUGGAGGAGAUUUUCCUGAAGGUAGCGGAGGAGACGGGGGUAGAUGUGGACCCCGCUGAGCCUGAGAGACCGCCCUCAUCACCACGGCAACGACGAGCUGAACCACCUGAAGAACGAGAGCCAGGGAGGAAACGACCACGCAAGCAAGAGCCCAAGGAGACAGACCUGCUGAGCGAGGAAGGGCGAGGCGGUGACCCGUCCACUGGCUGGUGGCUCACCUGGCAGCAGCUGCGGGCGCUCUUUGUCAAGAGGUGGCUGUACGCCCGGCGGAGCCGCAGAGGUUUUCUCGCUCAGAUCGUGCUGCCUGCCUUGUUUGUCCUCGUCGCUCUGUUCUUCAGUCUGCUCGCCCCACCCUUUGGGAAGUACCCGGCCCUGAAGCUGCAGCCCUGGAUGUACGGAGAGCAAUACACAUUCUACAGCAAUGACGCACCAACGGACCCAGAAAUUCAGAACCUCCUUGAUGCCUUGCUUGACCCUCCAGGUUUUGGGACCAAAUGCAUGGACUCGGAGAUGGAUACGGACGUGAACUCCACCUGUAGCCAGGAGCUGGGCUCCAGGUUCAUGCGUCCUCAGAUCCCGUACUCCACGUGGCAGCUGAUGGUGAAGGGCAACUGGACGGCGGCACAGCCCUCUCCUGAGUGUGAGUGCAGCUCAGAGGAGGUGCGCCGCAUGCUGCCCGACUGCCCAGAGGGAGCCGGAGGCCUGCCCCCACCCCAGAUAAAGCGACUCACUGGAGACGUCCUGCAGAACCUGACUGGUCGUGACAUCUCAGAUUACCUGGUGAAGACUUAUCCCCAGAUUCUUAAGAAAAGUAUGAAGACCAAGAAGUGGGUGAAUGAGUUUAGGUAUGGAGGCUUCUCUCUGGGUGGGAAGGCCUCACAGCCCAUUCCAGAAGGGCACUACCUGGAUGAGCCUGUUAUGGCCAUCAGAUCACGCUACAGAGUACCAGAGAACAGUUCCUUUGACAAACUCCUCCAUAGACUGCCAGGUUUUCUGAGUGGCCUGAACCGCGAGCAGAACGUAAAGGUGUGGUUCAACAACAAGGGGUGGCAUGCCAUGGUAUCCUUCGUCAACGUGCUGAACAACGGGCUCCUGCGCGCCAACUUGCCACCCGGUGUGGACAAGAGGCUCUAUGGCAUCACAGCCUACAAUCACCCGCUCAACCUCACAAAGGAACAGCUCAGUGAAAUGGCCCUGAUGACUACCUCUGUGGAUGUUCUGGUGUCUAUCUGCGUCAUAUUUGCCAUGUCUUUUGUGCCGGCGAGUUUUGUGCUCUUUCUUAUUGAGGAACGUGUCAGCAAAGCCAAGCACCUGCAGUUUGUCAGUGGAGUGAAACCAAUCCUGUACUGGCUGGCCAACUACACCUGGGACAUGCUGAACUACUCUGUGUCAGCCACCAUGGUGGUGCUCAUCUUCAUCGGCUUUCAGCAGCAGUCCUACGUCUCUGAGACCAACCUGCCCGCCCUCGUCCUGCUGCUUUUGCUCUAUGGCUGGUCCAUCACACCGCUCAUGUACCCAGCAUCUUUCCUGUUUGAGGUGCCAAGCACAGCCUACGUGGUCCUUACCUCCGUUAACCUCUUCAUUGGGAUGAAUGGUAGCAUUGCCACAUUUGUCCUCGAGCUGUUUGUGGAUGAGCAUUUAAAUUACGUCAACAAGAUUCUGAAGAAGGUCUUCCUGAUUUUCCCACACUUCUGCCUGGGUCGAGGGCUCAUUGACAUGGCGAAGAAUCAGGCCAUGGCCGAUGCAUUUCAGAGACUCGGUGCCAAGCAGUCACUGGAUCCACUGGCGUGGGAUUUUGUGGGGAAGAACUUAUUUGCAAUGGCGGUUGAAGGAGUGGUGUUCUUCAUAUUCACUAUUCUACUACAGUAUGGCUUCUUCUGCAAAUUCAGGCCCUGGUCUGACCCAGUGCUGCCCCCUCUUGGCCCAGAGGAUGAUGACGUUGCCAAAGAAAGAGACAGAGUACGCAACGGGAGAGCACAAGGAGACAUACUGUGCAUGAAAGACCUGAGCAAGAUAUACAAGGCAGGGAGGAAGCCAGCCGUGGAUCGCCUGUGUCUGGGGAUCCCUCGUGGGGAGUGCUUUGGUCUACUCGGAGUAAACGGUGCUGGAAAGACAACAACAUUCCGCAUGCUGACAGGAGACACCACUAUCACCCAUGGAGAAGCUUAUCUUAAUCAGUUCAGCGUGCUGACUGAGAUGGAGCGGGUCCAUCAGCUCAUGGGCUACUGCCCACAGUUUGACGCCAUCAGUGACCUGCUCACAGGUCGGGAGCACCUGGAGUUCUACGCCCGUCUGCGGGGGGUUAAGGAGGAGAACGUGGCAAAGGUGGCCGACUGGGGCGUGCGGAAGCUGGGUCUGAUUCAGUAUGCUGAGCAGGAAGCAGGAGGCUACAGCGGGGGAAACAAACGCAAACUCUCCACUGCCAUUUCCCUGAUUGGAGCUCCUCCAGUGAUAUUCCUGGAUGAGCCGACCACGGGCAUGGACCCCAAAGCCAAACGUUUCCUUUGGAACUGCAUCCUGAGUGUCAUCAAAGAAGGCAGAGCUGUGGUGCUCACCUCUCACAGCAUGGAGGAAUGUGAAGCCCUAUGCACUCGGAUGGCCAUCAUGGUGAAUGGCAGGUUUCGGUGUCUGGGGACAGUGCAACAUCUCAAGAACAGGUUUGGGGAUGGCUACACGAUAAUCCUGCGGCUCUCCAUGCCCUCACAGGAGCCCUGCCUGGUGGACUCCUACCUCAAACGGGCUUUCCCGGGCAUCGAACUGAAGGAGAAGCACCAGAACGUCCUGCAGUACCAGCUGCCUUCUCAUGCAUGCUCUCUAGCCUACGUCUUUGACGUGCUCUCCAACAACUACGAGGAGCUGGGCGUGUCGGACUACUCUGUCUCUCAGACCACUUUGGAUCAGGUUUUUGUUAACUUCGCGAAAGAACAGAGUGAUGAUGACCAGCUCAGAGAGGUGACAGUAAAUGGUGCUGUUCAGACCACUCAAACCAGCCGGCUGCUACCAAGCCAACCAAUUCAGCCAAUAACCAGUGGACCCACGUCACCAACCAGGUCACAGACAAGCCAGUCUUCCCCACAACACAAGGCAGCUGUCACUAGCCAGUCGUCAUCUCCCACCCGCGAACCCAGCCGGUCAGCGUCACCGAGCCAGAGCUCUCACGCUGGCCAGUCCUCUUCACCAGUCAGGGCAGCUCAACCUAGCCAGUCACCGACACUCAACGUGGCAGCUCGACCAUCCCGGUUACCCACCCCGAGUAGGGCAGCUCAACCCACCGGAUCUCCCAAAUCGCCUGGGUCUGGGGUCAGAGAAGGUCACUCCGAUGGGGUAAAAAACAAGGGCAAGGACAUCCCAAUGACAAGACUACCAAAGGCCAAGAAAGAGUCUUCAGGCGACAAGUCAAAACAUAAAGGAGAGGCCUCUGGCAGUAAAGAUCCCACCAAACUUUUCAUGGUUGCAACCACACAAGACAGUGAGGUCUGAGGAGAGCAGCCUGGCUGUGGUUUAAAGGCUUGUGGAAAAACGGACAAAAUGGGUCGUCUGUCAGGGGGUGGGAGCCCUCCAAAGUUUUAGGUCUGGUGCCUUGUUCAUUAUCCAUCAUCGCUGUGCUCCAUAUCACUGUGUUCCCCCUGGCUCUUUAAGGCCAUUCAUGUAGUUGUAACAAUUUAUUGAUAAAUCCUAUGUGGAAAUCUUCUACUACGAUUUCAGGAGGAAAAAUGACUCAUACAUCCGCAUGCUGCAAACAACUACCAAUGCAUUCCCCAAAAUCCCAGUCUGUUUGUUACUGAAUGUUUCCAUAAUCAAUCUGAUGCACUUUGAAACAGUAAAUGAUGUGCACUAUCUGACAGUUUAUUUUUAUUUUACUGUAACUAUUAUGCUGGGUUUUCUUAUUACUUCUGGCCUAUAUGUACACAAUUGUGUACAACUGAUGUAUAGCUUAUUUUAAAGUAGUACUUAUGUGACACACACACACACACACACACAGCUUUUUUCACUUACCUCCAAUAUGGUUGAUAAACUUAAAUGUGGUGUCCAAAUUUUGCCUCUUAGGACCGUAUGCCAACACUUUUUAUGCAAAGUAUUAUGAGCGCCAAAUGGCAUUGUUUGACUAAUAUUAUUUGUCAAAAAAAAGUAUCAGUUACAUUAAAUUAAUCGACAUCAUCAUGAGAAUCAACUCUACCUUUCAAGACAGUCAACUUAUAUUGGUGUUGGCAGGGUAAGACCAAAAUGUAUUUAAACUUUUACGUUGUGGCAUUUAGAUUUUACAAAUCAUGGCAUUAUCACAUACUAUGUGAGAUAUCAUGUAAAAAAUAGUCUACUGGACUGUUUCACAACUCACUGUGUUUUAGGCUAUGGUAAUGACUUCCGCAGUUUACAUUGUUAGCAUUGUUAACCAUUGUUAGCUUACAUCAAAGAUCUGUGACAAGUGAGCAAGAUUUGGACAUGAAACAUAAUCUUGAUGGAUAUGUGAAUUGAGGGGGAAAUUUGGGUAAACCACUUCUGCUAAACUACUCCACUAAAACACCGCCUUCAUUAGGUCAGUUUUGAUAUGUUUAUUUAUUUUUUAUCUAUUUUUUCUCAGUUUCAUGAGUGUCAGAUGAAAGGUAAACCCUAUGCGCUGCAUAAUGCUGCACUCUUUUUUUUGGAAAACAAGAUCUGUUACCAUGUCAAGCUGCGUUAGCAUGUGAAGACAUAAAAUAGAAUGUAUUGAAGGACAAUGUGUUUAAAUAGUAAUAUAUACUUGACUGUGGCUGUAGUAAUUUAUCUGUGUUCAGAAAGUAUGUCUAUAUGGAAAGAAUAUUUAUGAAUAAAUAUUUAAUACUCAAAACA